AUGCUCUGUCUCGAAACUAACCUUUACAUGCAUCAAGAACAGAAUACCCUGAACAGCACAUUCAGCCUAUUCCGCCUCUACAGUGCGCAUACUGCCCUUGCCCUCGAGAGCCCUCACAAGCUUCCCAGAGAAGAGCCCGGACUCCGUUUGCUCGCUUACAUGCUUUAUCUGCACGAAUGUGUUGCCAGUGGAUUCCUAAAUGACGUGAUAAGAAUUCCAGAAGUUCCGAAAAAUUGGCCAGAAAUGACUCCGAAUUGGUCAGGAUCUGAUGCAGGUGAAGCAUCGUUUGGAAUAGCAUCCAGCGUGAAUGCAGGCAACAGGAUCCUCAAAAGGGUGAAGAAGGAGGUUUUGCGGACGAAUUCAGAAGGGAAAAAUAAUGCCAUUAAUAAAGCUGUACAUGCAUGGACAUUGCAUUUCCUGGAGUGCAUCGGAAAUGACAUGUUUGCCAGGUUGACAUCGUCAGGCGAGCUGGAGACAAGGUCGCCAGAACAAAACAUCUCUCGAAAUCUUUUAGCCGCUCUACAGAUGGGAGGUCGGAUAAGCCGAUCCUGCAGCGGUCUGCUUCAUGCAGCCCAUGCACGCUUCUUCGGCAAUCGGCUGAUUCUGUUGAUGACCUCAACGGCGCUUGGGGCAGGAGUUUGCUUCCUCAUGGCCUGUCCACACUUCGACGGUGCGACUGGCACCUUGACAGAAGGCAGCACCAACACCAGUACACUGGACCACGGCAUCGAAAGUCGUCGGGCAUCUGCUACCACCUCAGAGCUCAUCAGCCCUGGCCGUCGGUUGCAAAAGCAGGCCAGCUCUUGGUGCCUCAGUCUGAAGGGGUCCUGGCAACGGGGAGAACUCGCGCCAGGCUGA